AUGGCUACUAAAUUGUCCACAUGCCACUACGCCUGCGUGAAUCCUGCUCUCUCCACCUCCCUUCAAUCGGCUGCCACUGUCAGUCGAAUCUUUCACCCGAAUUUGCUGGAGAUCGCCUGCGAUUCGGUCAUUGGGCUUCUUACAAUUACACAAUCUGUUCGCUUCGAGCCCUUUGCGAAGGCUUGCAUUGUGGAAAAUGUUUUCGACUACGUUCGAUGCCUCUCCACACCAUCCAUCCCUCUGACUGUCACGGAAUUGUGCACGCGUGUUGUAGCUGGUCUUCCGUUAAAACUCAGGCCCGACGAUAAGCAAUUGGAUGAAUACAGAGUGCUUGCGGAGAAGCGUGGAAAAAAGCUGUCUGUUUUGCCAGUGGCUGAAAAGAUUAUGAACAAUAUGCGGGUCAUUGAUGGUCGUGUGGAUACGAGUACAACCUACCUGUUUGUUCAAAUAUUGGAACACAUACUCAGCAGCAUUGUACAGACCGCUCUCAACUAUCGUUCCGAGCUGGGAGUACUCUCUGAAUGCGCCAUCACUUCGACGGAUAUCCAGCAUAUCAUCAGUCUGUUGGGUACAUCGCCUGUGGAGGUGUUGGGUGGUAAGGUACCGCUAGUGCGACGCAACACUGACACUUAUGAGGGCUGUCUGCGCGACCUUCAGACCUUUCUCAAGACCUCCAACUGGUCGCUCAGCCUUGUCACACGCAUCUUCCUUGAACCCCUCUCGGGCAUUCUCAACGCUCUCAGUAGCGAGUCCGCCUCCACCUCCCCAGCUGCUGCCAGCACCGAUCUUGGCCGAGCCGCUACCGCUGCACUUGCUGUUUUGAAGAUGGCCAAGAGUCUUGUGGGCGAUCUCACCAUCCUGGCCGAGGUCUCUGAUGACAUAUUUGACAGCACUGCACAUCUCCUCAACUACUGUUUACAGGAGCCAGCAGAGGCGGAUCUGUAUCAGGGCUUCGCCUACUACGCAGAGACUCUCUUCACCAACGACUGUCAUCAGUGGCUCUCGGUGCUCUCGGAGUGUCCCAAAAUCUUCUUUACCCUUCGCAAAAGCCACCGACGGAUGAUAAACACCAUCUACAGGCAGGUCUCCCUUCGCCAUAUGCCUGACCUGGAAGUGCGCUUUGCUGAUCCCCACACCUGUCCGCUGUGCACCGCAACAGUGCCCGAGUCAGCUGCCAUGCCAACGAGUCAUCACCUCUCCGCCAAUGGCAGCAGUGGAGGUGGCGGUGGUCUGUUCUCUCACUCAGUGUUCCGUCGCCUCUCAACGCCCAAAUCGCCUACCCUACCCACCUCAUCCUCCAGCUCCGGGGAGCGAUCACCGCCAGGCGCCCCAGCAGUGCCCCGACUCAUCGUCGCACCAGGCGCGAGUGGUGGUCCCAUCCAUGGCGGUGGUUCGCGCACUUGUAGUCAAAUGGUUAUCGCGUUUAGAUACCUCCUCCCUCGGCUGCUACUCAUGCCGGUCUACCAGAUUCUUUAUCUGGCGGACCUACUCGAUGAGUUGUGUACCUUCCCACAUCAGGAUGCCCAGGAGCAGGCUAUCCUGCGCGAUACCGCUUCGAUGCUCUACAAGACACGCAGGUCGGUGGCGCAGGAGCUGGCUCACGCCACCGAGACCACGGCUUGGAUCCACACCCACCUGCCACGACUGAGCCUCCUCCUCGAGACACCCCUCUCCACCAAACCCGCUUUCCUCCUCCCUGCGGAAGCUCACGUUCGUCUGGCCGAGGUCAUCGCUGCCGCGAAGAACGCCAGCAGCAAUAACUGCGACAUAGCGCACUGCCGACUCUCUGUUAACGACUACAUCAUGUCUGGCGUCGUUCAAGUGCGGCAGAAUCCAGCCAAGACUAGUCUCUCCGAUCGUGUGGCCUACCUCUUCACCGAUUGCCUCCUCCUCCUAAAACGUUCUGGACAGCAGCGUCGGGUAGGUUGCAACACCCUUACCAACGUCGCUAUGGCAGCAGCCGCAGCCCUGACCAAUCCUUCCUCGUCCAACUCAGCUGCCUCCGGCAGUGGUCUGGUCCUCAAAAAGGGUGUCCAUUUGGCUCAUUUCCACCUCAUCGACCUAGGGAUGCAGAUCAAUCCCGAGAGUGGUGAAGCGGCCUUUCUGUUUGAACUGGAGUGCUGGCGCGAUGUGAUAGUAGUGUCGCGUCACCACCAAAGCAUGAAAUCGGAGCAAUCGAAGAGGCAACCGGAACAUCCACCCUUCUCUACCCUCUCGUUACCCAAACAGGGCAGCGCCGUCAGUCUCGCUGCUCUCGCUCAGCCACCUGCUCAUCGACUCUCCGGUUCCUCCACCGACCUCAACACCCUCUUUGACGACGCCCCUGCCGCUACCUCCACCGGUGCCUACAUCGGCGAGACCAUCGCCAAUUCCUCCGCUCCCGCUAAACGCAUUGUCUUCAGCCUCAAAACUCCCCAGGAGAAAGCCGAUUGGCUUGCCACACUCAUUGGAAUUCAGCGGAAAAGCAUCUUCCAACGCUACCUCCGUGAGCUGCCGAAACAAGAAAUCCCCUUGAUUCUUCCCGAUCCAGACCGGUAUUGCUUCUCAACACCCGAUGCCUCGAACAACAUCCUCUUUGAACCGCCGAGAACAGACAGCAGUGCGGAGAUCGCCGUGAUCCGAGCUGCAACCAUCAACAAAUUGAUUGAACGAAUCACCUCACACACGUGCUUCGAUAGUAGGACUAUUCGCACGUUUCUACAAACUUAUCGACGGUAUUUAACAGCUUCCGAGUUGGUGGAAUUGCUGAUUGAGCGAUUCAAGGUGCCCCAACCGGACUUUGAGCGCGAGUUUCGUGCAUCGUUGGCCAGCAACAGCAGCAGCAACACGAGUGGUUCUGGUAUCGACGACAACGCGAGAUCCUUCUCCGAUAUUGCAUCUCUUGUAUCUUGCAUGGAGCUGCGCUUCAAUUCUGCCUACAAACGACGCAUUCAGUACAGGGUCCUAAGUUUCAUCAAGAAGUGGGUGCGAAAUCCCUCCUACUUCAAGGUCGAUUUCGCAGACAACCCAGAUCUGCAGCGUCGACUGGAGCAAUUCCUCGGUGGCAUUGAUGCAGUGCCAUCCUUGGCCGAAAAUGUAUCGGCUAUUCUACGCUGCCUCCAUGGCGAUCGAACAAAAGUGGUGCAGGUCAUUCGACAAUGCGCUCCCGAAAAACUCGACCUCGGAUUGGCUCUCACCUUUGACCGUGUUCGUAUCACCAAUGUCCAUCCUCUGGAGCUAGCUCGCCAAGUGACCCUCUACGAGUGGGAGCUCUACUCGCGAAUUGAAUUCUGCGAGGUCAAUGGAAGCGAGAAGAAUUGGGGCGUCAAUAUGCGGCGCUCUUUGGACUUCUCGAACAAGUUUCUCAAGUGGUUGAUCUGGAGCAUAAUGUCGCAUUGCGGUAUGGAGGAUCGGGUUUUGGCGCUGCAACGCGUCUUGGACCUUUUGAUGCUCUUUGAGGCUCUUGGUAACCUUCAAGGCACUCAGGAAGCUAGAGCUGCCCUCCACAGCUCACCUGUCCAUCGACUCUCGGACACCUUCGAUCGUACAGAAGGCCUAGGGGAGGGGUACUACCGCCACAAUUCCGAUGCCAUGCCACCGAGCAAGGGCACCACGGCGAAGCCUCAGGUGCUACUAGCUAAGUCACGCGCGCACCAUCGCGUGGUGUUGGAGGCGCUGCGGCCGGCGGGCAAGCUGGAGGAAGAUUUGUUGGCCUCACCGGAGGACUACAUCUACGACUACCAACACCGCAUGCAUAGGAUUGACCCACCCGCGGUGCCCUUUAUCGCGGUAGGAGGGCAGACGCGUCUCAUCCACUUGGAACUCAAACUUCCCGACUACCUACCUGGAGGCAGUAAAGAGGAGCCGCUGAUUAAUUUCUCUAAGUGUCACCAGAUUGCCGAUCUGAAGGAGCACUAUCUCUCCUUUCAGAAUAUACCUUUUAAUCUACAACCCGACCCUGUCAUUCAGGAUUUCUUAAAAAACCUGGAUCCCCACGCUCUGGCUGGCGUAAAGGAUGAGGCCGAAUUCGAAGACCUGAUGUACCAGCAAUCCUUGUGUAUUCAACCUCGAGAAGGAGCUACCGUUGAUCUACGCAGUUUCCCUUCUGCGGAGGGCUCCAUGAAUCAUCAGUUGACAGCAACGGAGGUGCGCAUUGGGAAUUUGCUAAGUGCCACUCCGAUCGAUGUGAACAUGAAGGCGACCUUCAAGGAGUUUCGUCAGCUCCUUGCAAUCACCUCUCUCUCAUCCGACGCCAAGUUCGACUUCUCCACCUCCGCUAUGCUACCGAGUCACGCACGUGGUGGCAGUUUGGGUCGUGGACCCAAGUCUGCGCGCGACCAGCUGAGUGCAUCAUGUUCGGCCUCCUCGGCCGAAGGGAGCAGUCGUGUGUCACCAGCACCGCCGAUAGAGACUGGCGUCCCGCCACCACUGCCACCGAAGCCCAUGCUGCCACUAUCGACCCCGCCACCACCGCUGCCGCCCUCGCUGCGCACCAGUCCCAUGCUGGGUUCUCGUGUCUGCCGAGAGGACGGGGCAGAUGCGGAGUCCGGGGUGGAGUUGGAGGGGAUGGAGUUGAGCAUUGGUGGAGGAGACUACCUUAAGGCUGGUGUCGCUGCCGUCGCCCCUCCCCUUCCUCCGCGUGCCAGCACUUCGUUUCCCUCAGAAAAAAUGGCCGUUGGUGCUGUCGAAAAUGCGCAGGACGCGGAGUUCUCACCGCACCGCAGUGAAGAGCACUACUAUUCCCGAGGCGGUAUUGGUGGCGCGGCUCAAACCACGACUUCGGCGGAGCGAUGGCGUUGCAUCGGCGGAAGACGCGAGGCGAAUUUAGUGGAGGCGUCGGUCAGUGUCAGUGUAGGCCGGCCGCCACCUCCUCCACCACCUAAACCAUCGAUGCAUCGCACCUCCCUCCCGCCCCUCUCGGACCAAGGCGAUGUAUCUAUCUUUCAAGAUGUCGCGCCGGAGCUACCCUCACGCACCAGUUGUCUCCCACGAAGUCAAGUCACCUCACCCACCACCGCUACAGUCCUUGGUGCCAACCCAGACUGGAAUCCUCCGCCCCUGCCACCGAAAAAGCACCCCUCUUGA